GCAUCAUCUCCUUGGAUGCGAUUGCUGACGCCAUGCCGAGUGAACAUAAGACAGUCCUCGAUACUGUGCGAAACUAUCACCUGCUAAGAUUUUGUAGUGCAACAUAGAACAUAGACGGAAAUAUUAGUAUAACUGCCUGUCAUUCUUGGAAAUAAUUAAUAAAGGAAAAUUAUGAAAUAUGAAACAAAAUAUGGAAAAUACGAUUAUAAUGUAAUGUGCAAAAGAUGACGAAGUACCAACUAAAAUAACCCGAUUGGAAUUGCUUUUCUCUAUAAAAAAUCCAGGAGAAAAGGACAACCAUGGAAAAUCAAAACGCUACUAUAUUCAUUUUUAAUAACCAUCCGCUUGUUGUCAACGUGCAGUUAGCUGACACGACGACCCCUGGGCUUACUGCUUUUUUCUUAGUGAUUGCUAUCUUUAUUCUUAUCGCAAACACGUACAACAUUCUAGUCAUCACGAAGACACCGUCUCUCCGUGAAAACCCGAGUGGUGUGUUGAUGAUCUCUCUAGCUGUUGGUGAUAUCCUCAUUGGACUUACAUUUCCGUUGCCGAUGAUAUACAUGAGGGCGACGGGACAGUUCAGUCCAGGCCUUUGUGUUUUUCAGACUAUCUCCAUUUCAAGCUGUUGUGUAGUCUCAAUCUACACUCUUGGUUGGCUAAGUUUUGACCGCUACAUAGCCAUCACUCGACCGCUACAUUAUGAUCGCAUUGUGACUUAUAAACGGAUCUACAUCAUCAUCACAAUAACGUGGUUUGUGAGCUGGCUUGUUUGGCUUGGGCCGCUCUUUGGAAUUGGUAGCUAUAUAUAUACACCUGAUAUACAACACUGUACAAUUGAUCCAAUCUCCAACCCUAUAUACACUCUCUUCGUCAUACUUAUUGUAUUCGGCAUUGUAUCCGUCAUCAUAGGAUUCAGUUACUUUCAAAUACUAAAAGUUAGCUUGUAUCAUGCGAAACGUAUUGAACCUGUUUAUCACGACAUUAAACCAGGAGAGGAAGAAAAGAAACCCGGGUUCAAAAUUCCAAAAGCCAUAAGGACACUCCUUAUCAUUGUGUGUGCGUUUUAUUUCGCUUGGACCCCUCUUUGUGCGGAAUGGAUAGUGAGGGGAUUUGCAGGUUACAUCGGAGCCCCGCAUAUUGUUUUAACUAUUGACUCUGCCCUCUGUAUAUCCAAUUCGUUUUGGAAUGCUAUAAUCUAUACCUUAACCAAUAAAGCAUUUCGUAAAUCAGCAAUUAAACUGUUUGGGAUAUCCAAAUAUCUCAAAGAGAGAGAAGCUUCAAAAAUCAAAACGAUUUCCUCAACAUUUGAUGGUGGCCUCACCCCAGCUGGCUAGCGGAAGCUUCAUGCACCAAAAAAACAUAAACUUUUGCAUAACACAUGAAAUGAACUUGAGGAUAAUAAGAUUUUACAAAGUGUAAAAUGAAUGUUAUUGAAUUUUUCCCACAUGGAUUGUUAAACUUCUUAAUCAAAUCAUAAUAUAAUAUUGAAAACGACGCACCAUAGAUUUUAUGGAUAUUCAGGGGUCCGUUUUUGGAAUCGUUAUAACUUACGAUUUGGUCGCAAGUCACUGUUCGUCAAAAAGUAGAAAAUGGCUGUCUAGGAAUCCUAAGUUACGAACUUACCAAAAACGAACCCAAGGGGCGUAAUGAGAAUCUAAUGAAUGUAUUAAACUUCAUUUAGCCUAUGCAGUUUUGUUGAAAAAACGUCAUUUAGCUACGUCACUUCUCAGUGGCGUAGAUACGUGGACGC